GUGUCAACGUCGAGUAUUUGGAGGCGAACCCCCCGUCAUUGGAGAACCGCUCACCUCGAGCUUGCGAUUGUGGCUUUUGAGUUCGUCGUUGGCUCAAAGCCAUCUUUGUGUCGAACGGGUCAAGGCAGGCUCGCAAUUGUGGGUUUGUUCUGGGCAUCUAUACCAUGCUUCCCCCCUUCGAAAGCCGCAUGCGGUUCAGUGGCUCUCGGGACUGGAAUGCCUCGUCGUUCCGACAGACCACCGCGCCGGCGAUAUAGUCAAAGAAAGAGAAAAGAAGAUUCUGGGGUUGGAAAAGUAUCGCCAUCAUCCGGUCAUCAGCGAGCCUUACAUUCUUGA